GAGAGAAUGAAUUCAUCCCAACCAUCUACAUCACAAGGCACAGAGAAAGGACACUUCUCUUCCCAAAGGCUCUUAUGGACUGUUGCUGGGGUCUCCAUUCUACUGCUCAGUGUCUGUUUUAUCACCAGAUGUGUUGGUUAUUCCUCAACUAGAACCCCAACUAGUACAGAACGGUUACCAAAUUGCAGCGACCUCUGACAUAUUUUUCAUGAUAGACAUUUUUCAUCUCCUUGGUGGCCUUGAGUCCUCGCCUUUGUACUUCUGUCAUGAGUGUAAACUUCUCCACGGGAACCUAGCCAGAGACAUGACAAACUGUGUUUUGGAACAAGGGUAGGGAGGGUGGGCAUAAGAGAAAGUGAAAGCAUAUUUGUUUUCUCUGGGCCUUUGGACCUGAAGUAAAGCACAUUCAUCUUCAUAAAUCAGCAAAAACCAUGAAAUGUGAAUCCUUUUUUCUUUGGGUAAGUAAAUCUCGGUACCUCUCCGUGUGGAAGGACAAAUAGAGAGUAAAAAAAAAGAUAUCAUGAUGAUUGCUGGUUCUUUUGUUACAAAUAUACACAUGAUAAACUUAAUUUUUUAUCAAGAAUAAUGAACGUACACUCUGCCCCUUUCCUUACAGUGACGUAUCAUAGCUUUCAACUCUGUGAUGAGAAAAAGUUCCAGCCAUAUGAGGAUUUAACAGACUUCUCCUGCUACAGAGAUGUAUCGGGUUCAGUCAAGAAUUGUUGUCCGUCGAGAUGGAUCCAUUUUCAGUCUAGCUGCUACUUAUUUUCUACUAACACCAUGUCCUGGGCAUCAAGCGUAAAAAACUGCUCAAACAUGGGAGCACAUCUGGUUGUUAUCAACACACAGGAGGAGCAGGAAUUUCUUUUCUACGCGAAACCGAAAAGGAGAGAGUUUUAUAUUGGACUGACAGACCAGGUGACUGAGGGUCAGUGGCAAUGGGUAGAUGGCACACCUUUCACAGAAUCUCUGAGCUUCUGGGACGAAGGGGAGCCCAAUAAUAUAGUUACAGUGGAGGACUGUGCUACCAUACGAGACUCUUCAAAUCCGAGGAAAAAUUGGAAUGACGUGCCCUGUUUCUUCAAUGUGUUUCGGAUUUGUGAAAUGCCUGAAAUAAGUGCUUUGAAUAACAAAAAAAUCUUCUAAGAACAGAGAGCGCAACUGAAAUGCAUAAAUACAGAGGCACAAGACCAUGAACACAACACCAACACGAGAAAACUGUGCACUGCACUUUAUAAGGACUACCUAGAGACUUCAUAAGGACUUGUCGCUUUUGAUAUAAAUAAACUAAGUAGUUUUGGGGCGCCUGGGUGGCUCAGUCAGGUAAGCGUCUGACUUCGGCUCAGGUCAUGAUCUCGAGGUUCGUGAGUUCGAGCCCCGCAUCAGGUUCUGUGCUGACAGCUCAGAGCCUGGAGCCUGCUUCGGAUUCUGUGUCUCCCUCUCUCUCUGCCCCUCCCCUGCUUGCACUCUGUCUCUGUCUCUCAAAAAUAAAUAAACAUGAAAGAAAAUU